GGAGAAACAACGGCUUUACUUCGAAGCGAAAAUCUCAUGAAAGCAAUAGAUCGAUACAAAGUCAUUUGCUUUACCAGGCUCGUCGCACAAAAGCAGAAUCUUCGGAGUUGCAUCUACAAGAAGUCACACACAAAAAUACACCUAAAGUUUACCCAAGACGAUAAUGGUCCUGAGUACGGUACUGGCAGGUACCCUGAGAAACCCCACCAAGAAUCAAAGAUGGCGACUUCUCAGGGCCCGCUGGUCCUGACAAGGCCAUCUAUCUGUCUGGUAUCAAAAAAAUGUGACAACCAAGCAAGUGGGACCCUGAAAUAUCUCACCAUGACCAUGGCGCUCCGAUCAUUCUUGUUGGGGUUUUAGAAUAUUCAUCAUUCUUCGUAUGUACUCACCGUGUCUUGCUACCUUUUUCCCCCACCAUGUCAAUAACCGUUGCUCGAUGCAAAUCUACGCACAAUUACUAGCAAAAAAAGACAAGCAGACUCCAAGCACCAUGACGAAGCUCACCUACAAGCGGCGGGCACUCCUCUCAAGCACACAGGAAGAUGUGGGCGUCCACCGUCUUGAAACCACAUUUGGAAGUGGAGUCGGCACCCCAGCCAAUAAAGUCAUCAACUGACUUCA